GUACGUAUUAAAGCUGCACGUGAUUACUAUGUUGAUAUUUCUCCUCCUAUCCUGCACUACUGUAGUUUGACUUACUGUACUCUGUCAUCUGGAAAUCUUGCCCUCAUUAAACAUGGAGUCCUCGGUUUUCCCCUUCCUUACUGAAGCCGUUUGCCAUCAGUACGUGUGACCCCUGAACCUGCUCGAGUGUGUGUGUGAGUGUGUGUGUGUGUGUGUGUGUGCGCCAGUCCUCCGCCAUAUUCACUGUUGUCUUGCCUUGAGAAAGAACAGGGAGCAUUCGAGACUGCCCAUAAGAACCGAAACUGUGUUUAUAUACCGAGCCUGGAGACCAGCCGACGGGCAUAAUACGGGCUAAAGCGAUGGCGAGGAAAAAAAGCAAGCAGCAGGGCGUCGGGGCCAAGGAUUUAGUGUCGGAGCAGCAGCAGCAGAGCCUGUCGAAGAAGCCCGGCGAUGCGGGAGCAGAAGCGGCGGCGGCGACAGCAGGCGAAGGCGCUGGUGCUGGAGGAGAUGCAGGAGCGAGCAGGACCAAUCAGUCCAUGCAUACAUGCUGCUUGCUGUGCCAUCGGGAGUUUAAAGACUGGGGGGCAGGCCAGGUGAAUGGGCUCCCCAGUCACGGGUCCAAACUGGCAGAGGCUGUGCCCGCGCUGUCCCAGGCCCUGCUUAGGGAGGUUCCGGGCCGCAAGCUGGCAGACGCCGUGCCUUCGCUCUCUCAGUCGCUGUUGGGUGAGGUGCCGUUGUGGAUCUGCCAGAGCUGCAGGAAGAGUGUGGAAGAGGAGGAGAGGAGAACGCUUCAGGAGCAAACUACGCAGGUGCCGCUGUCCCACUCGUCCUCAUGUAAGUCUCAGAGCUGUGGGAAUGGUUAUCCGGAGCAUAGCUCGGUGGAUUGGGACCCCAGCUCCUUCCUCUCCGCGCGCAAACUGUCUGGCCUUUGGAAUUCGGCUCAUUCUAAUGGAGGGUCUCACUGCAACCACAGCACACCUGCACUUUCACAGGGUGGGACGUUGGUACCAGCGUGCCAUGAGAAGAGAUCUUCUCAUGAUGCACCCGGGAAGGCUGCCAAAACAUUCGGGACUAAAGUCUGUCCCUACAGUCAUCCCUCAUCCCAGAAUUCCAAUGCAACUUCUCCUGGGACACUGUCUGCCUCCACUGAUCUAUGUAAGACCAACCCCAAGCACUUCAAGACAAUGUGUCGACGACCAACUCCUCCAGGUGAAGCGUUCCACCCAAACGAUCAUCACCAAGCUGCAGACCUGUCAGUGCCGCCCAACAGUCCAACGGGUCUCUCCUCCCAGCAUUCCUCGCUGCUGCCUCCCAAACAAAACUCCAGUCAGCAUGUUCACGUCAACUCCGCUAGUCCGGGGCUGCCUUCGCAUCCUCCUUUCUCUUCGUUGGUACCAAACAUUCACUCUCCCACAGCCAAGCACUCGAGUGGGGCGGACAGUCCGGUGGCCCUGCACAAGCCCAACGCCUGCAAGAAUUCCCACAUUCCCGCUGUUAACACGCAACACGGCAAACUCGGCAACUCACUCAUAGGCUGCAAUCACCCCUGCAACGGACACAGUAACGGCAGCCCUGUAGCCUCUUCCAAUGCUGGCCAUCUGACGUCUGGGGCAUGCAGGGACCAGGCAUGUAAAGGGCACAAGUUGCCCAAUGGGUCGUUGUGUCACGCUCCGCCCUGUGAGCUUGAAGAAGGAGAUGAUGAGGACAGCAGCUCGGAGCGGAGCUCCUGUGCGUCCUCUUCCAACAAUCAGAAGGACGGGAAAUACUGUGACUGUUGCUACUGCGAGUUCUUCGGCCACAACGCGCCUCCGGCUGCCCCCACCAGUCGGAACUAUGCUGAGAUCAGGGAGAAGCUUCGGUCCAGACUGACUCGCCGUAAAGAGGAACUUCCUCAGAGGCAGGAUCUAGACUCUGCAGCACCGAGUGCCAUAGACCAUCGAGAUGUGGAUGAACUCCUGGACUUCAUCAACAGCACAGAGCCCAAACCCAUCAACAGUGCCAAGGCUGCUAAACGGGCACGACACAAACAGAAGAAAAAGGAGAAGGAGAGGGCUCUUCAGGGCAGCGUUGAGGCCGCCAGCAGUGAACCCCGUUCGGCAUCUCCCCCUGAUCCCAUAGAAGAUUCGACUCGAGAUGGGGAAGCAAACAGACUGUUGGAGUGGCCUCAGCUGGAGCUGGAGCGAGUUAACAGUUUCCUCACCAGUCGCCUGGAGGAGAUCAAAAACACCAUAAAAGACUCCAUCCGUGCCUCCUUCAGCAUGUACGACCUCAACCUGGACGUCAACGACUUCCCGAAGAAGGCCGCGACACUGGAAGGAAACCAUCUGCUGUCUCACCUCAAUGGAUCUUCUGAUCUGCAGCAGAUAGACUUGGAUCUGGCACCGCUCUCGUUGAGGAACUUCAAGAGGGACCUCGACAUAGUGAACGGUUGGGAGGACACCACCACUGCAGCCAAAGACAUCCAGAGGCUCCACUCCACACCCAGUCUUUCCAAACUCAUCCGUGUUCAGUCACCAGAACGAAGCCCAGCCAUGGGGUCAGAGUCCCUCCAGCCUGGCACCGUGUCUGCUGCCAAACCCAACGAUGCAGUUCCUGAAACCAAGACCUCAACUGCAGCCGGAUCCAAGACAAAGAAGGGUAAGAAGCCUCAGAAUCAGCGGCAGCAGGACCAGGCGACUCAAGAGCAGGCGACCAAUACGAAAGCAGCGAAAACUGAGGUGCACAAAGCACAGGAAACAAGGGCAGCUGAUUCAGAUAAGAACACCAAAGGUGGCUCCAAACAGAACCACCAGACUCAGCAGCACACAGACUCCCAGAAAACAGGAAAUAAGAGAGCAGAAGAGGUCAAAGCUUGGAAGCAGUCAUCCAACGGAGCUUCAAACGGUCACCAUCAUAAUACAGGGUCUAACACGCAGAGGGGGAAGAACGAACUCUCGGACGCACGGGACGUGGACUCUAAAAACACCUCCAACACUCACAGUUCACAGCAGCAAGCACAGCAACCGAAGGGAAAGACUAAAAAUAAGAACAAAAACAAGACGGAAAAGUCAAGUGCAAUCGAUGAUGUGUUCCUUCCCAAAGAUGUUGACCCUACGGAAAUGGAUGAGAUCGAUCGUGAGGUUGAGUAUUUCAAGAGGUUUUGCCUCGACUCUGCUAAACAAACCCGACAGAAGGUGGCGGUGAACUGGUCCAACUUCAGCCUCAAAAAGAUGCCCUCAAAUGCAGCUCAGUAACAGAUGGGUGAUGGUAAACAGAUCCCCCCUCCCCUCCCAGCAAGACUGUACUAAAAACCAGUUUGGCCUUUGGUUACUGUACUUAAUACUCGAUAGGCCUAAGGUUGCUCCCUCUCACAGCCCUUUCUGCCUCUAUGCCACGGGACCUUGAUUUUUGACCACCAGUCAUCAAACGUGUUUUCGUUAUACCUGUUGUUCGUGGGGAAUCACACUGCACCCUGACCUCAAUCUGAAAACCUGCAUCUUGUUAUUGCAAAAGUCGCUAAAACACAUUCGGGUACUGAUCCAGUUCAUCUAUAUGCUUUAUGUCGUAUGUACACAGUUAUUUUACAAUAAAAAUGUUUUAAAAUUUGCAACAAUGGCACGGCUUGACCCAUCAAGCCCCUUUCAGCUGUUCAUUUUAAAAGGUACUUCUCCACUUGCAGAUCACCAUCAUGCAUUUUUGCUGACGCAACUCACCCUGCAAAUAUACUGUAGUCUUAGAAUAGAUUUUUUGAUAAUACAAAAUUCAAAUUGCUGUAUCAUGUCUGAUAGUCAUAAUGGAGGUAAAAAGGCAGCAAAAGACUGUUGUGUUCACUGAUGUUUUAGUUUGUAGUUUGUCCACGUGAAAUACAAAGAUCUGGAUAGACUAUACCACACCUAUGUCAUUUGAUUUCACAGCCAACACAGUUAAUUUGCACACUAAGUGAACCGUGCACACAUGGACUUGGUUGUCCUUUAGAACAACGACGAGAACAUCAGUGCAUAUGCUUACAAUGUGUGACGUCUGAAACCUUUUUUUAUUACUUUGGACAUUUUCAAGAAAAGAAAAGGAAUCAACACUAAAAAGAAAUUGAUUUUAAAGACCUGUAUCCGUUGACUGUCACUUUUAUCCACAGAAUUGAAGGUUUGGGCAGAUGAGCUACGUUUCCUUUGCAUGAUGAGUAAAACUGACAAGUGUAGGCUACUACAAACCUCUCCCGUUUCCUUCAACACUGUAUGGUAUGCUGUUCAAAACUGACUUUUGGCAAAAAUCCCUGAUUCCCAGAGCAAUAUCUUACGGUAGUGUCCCUGCUGAUCCUCCCUUGUGGUGGUUUGGAUAUAGUUCUGUGCUGUGACCACGUUCUUGUUGUGAGUUUCAUUUUGUAGUUGGUUCUCCGGCAGUGCACCCUUGUUUUGGCUGCAUGACCUCAUUGCAGUAGUUCUGCUCAUGUAGUUUCAGUCCACUUGUGCGCGACAAGUUCAGACCUGUUUUCACUUAUUUGCAAUCAAGGACUUUUCAUGAUGAUUUAGGACUCUCCACUGUGGUACGGCACUUGAAACAUCUGGUUGCCCUUUCCAUAGCUUUGUAUGUCUGCAUUGUAUUUUUUACUGAG